AUGCAUAGGUGUGAAACCCUAAAGCAUGCUUACUCAAAUGUUAAGUCCCAAAGAGUUGCUGGGAUCAACUCCAAUGCAAGACAGCACAGAACUGAAGCAUAUGGGGUCAAAAUAGUGACAGGAAAAUCCUAUACAUUUUUGGAUGAAAGACAUAACAACUGGAAUAGAGUAUUCCCACAUAAGGUAUGUAUGUAUGUAUGUGUGUAUGAUUAAUCUUAUUCUAUCUACCACACAUGCCAAAAUGUAUGUAUAGGAUUGCAGCCACACAGCUUAGACAGAUACAUUUCUAACUCUGCUUUGGAACACAGCAGAAAUUAUCUGUGCGUAAAUACGCACAGGACCCAGCUUCAGAGUCAGAUAUCAGACCAACCUGCACAGAGAUACCUGCUGCUCUCCACUGUGAGCCAACCUUUCUCCAUACCCAUGUCCCUGGUGAGCAAGAUUAGUGUGUGGGGUGGAGAAAUAAUAGGAAGCCUCAAAACCCAGGUUUUGCCACCCUAGCCAGUUUUUGUGACAUUGCUGCUUGAUUUUCUGGCACUGAAAAAUCACAACAUUAAUUCCAAUUGUGGGUGACUUUUUCACUGGCAUUACAAACCUAUGCUCCAGCUUUUCUCAAACUACAUACUUCCAUUUCCUGGCACUGCUACCCUAUGGUGAAGUCUGAGGGUUGUUUCCAACUAAGUCCUAGACAGAGUAAACCCAAUUGAAUUAAGGGGUCUAAUUAGUCAUGUUCAUUCAUUUCAAUGGGCCCACUCUGAGUAGGGCUAAUGUUGGAUGCAAUCCAUUCCUCUGUCAAUUAUUCCCGCAAGGAGACUGAAUCUGGAUCCUGUAUACCUGUGUACUCUGUUAUUACUGCUGUUGUGAAAUCUCGCUGUGCUUGUUUUCAACAUAUAUAUGCCAUUGCAAAACUCCUUUUACUUUUGUACUUUACGUAUGCAGGCAUAUGGGUGUGUGUACCCUGAUCCCCGUUUACUGAAAGACUAAUUAAGAGAUUUAACUUCACCAGGACUGAAACAAUUAAAGAACAAUUUUGGUCAUCUACCAGGUUCUGAACAUGAACAAAUACAUCAGGCCUUGAAGCAGCUUUCUUCAGCCUGUUGCCCUCAAUAUUUUGGGCUGAAAAACCCAUCAUCCUCAGGCAGCACAGGUUACUGAAGAGUUGCUGGUGAGAGUUGUUAUCCAAAAGAUCUAUAGUGCAGAAGAUGGGGGAGGCUGCCUUUCAGACCAUCUAGCACAUGUUCUUCCCAAAUAAAUACACUUUAAAAUAAAUGCAACACCAGACAUUUUGGUGGAGCUGUGCACUCAAAUACAUGAACACAGAAAGAACUGAGGAAGCAUGGAAUCACAUGGCAGGAAAUGGACAGACACAACAUUCCUAUACCGACUUGGUAGGAAGCACUACUGAAUUCACGGGGGUUCACUUCUGUGGAGACAUGCAUUGCUCCUGCACUGAUGUUCUGUGCUGCUCUUUUGUUACCUUCAUCAUUGGUUAGUUUUGUGAUUUCCUUUUUGUGAUUUUAAUAUUAACUGGCGUUUUUGUAACCUACUCUUGUGCCAUUUGAUUAAAGUACAAACAAAUAUAUGUAAGAUUAUGCUUUGAGAAGCUGAUGGGAUUUGUAGUAGAAAACAUCUGACAGGCACCAAGUUGGGGAAGGCUAGCAAAAAAUGGUACUA